AUGAACCAGCAGAUACUGUCGCUCACAAGGUGUUGCCUUUCGCAGCAGAAUGUAUCAUCUGCCGCAGUUUUCGUUCAACAAUCUUGGAGGACUAUGUCUAUAGCCGCAAACCACUCCGCCUCAUGCAGAUGCUAUGCCUCACAUACGAUUCAGCCGGUGCUUCCGUUUCUCCUUCCAUAUACCCAUCGUUCGAAUUCUCGACGUAGCCUAGGGCCCCGAAAAUCCACUCGUUUUUCUUCCUCGAACCAAACAUCCACAUUUUCGACAACGCAACCCAAGCACUGGGCAAAGGCGAUAUUGAACCCGCGGACCGAUGAUGAGGGGAAGCCCAUGAUGAUUAAUAUUUCGCCUCGUGCAGCAAAGCGCCUACGAGAAAUUACCGAUCCAUCCUCGGGGAAGUCGUCCACCGUAAAAGAUGGACCUUAUGACCACCUUCGUGUCACCGUGUCCAGUGGCGGAUGCCAUGGUUUCCAGUACAUGAUGUCGCUUGAUCCAGCGUCCAAAAUCGAUCCAGAAGACACGAUUUUUGAAGCAGACGUCGGCGAUUUAGCGGCGGAUGGACAGCCUCUUAGAGGUGAAGCCAAGGUUGUCAUGGACUCGGCAUCAUUAGAGCUUUUGCGCGGAAGCACGGUCGACUACACAAUGGAGUUGAUUGGAAGCCAGUUCAAAAUCGUCGACAACCCCAGGGCUAUAAGUAGUUGUGGCUGUGGGACGAGUUUCGAUGUCCCUGAAUAG